CAUGUCGACUGUCGAGUGUUUGAACUUUGAAGUCUGUGAACUGUAAGGUAUUGAUGUGUGAACUGAAGAACGUGUUUUGGCCUAUUGAAAAUUGAAAUUGCUUAAAUUAAUAUGUAUAGAUGUAUAGUAUAUUAUUAUAGUAAACUGUACUUUGGAUAUCUGUGGAAAUAUUCGACUUUACUCUAACGAGUGGUUGUUGCAUAGUUAAUAGUUAUCAAUUUUGUUUAUUGCAACAAUAAAUAAUAAUAUUUAACUUGAGAUAAAUUAAACCUUUGUACAAGUUUAUAGUUUGUUCAAAGUGGAUAAUAUAACGAAUUAAGAUAAUAUAUGUAAUAUAUUCCUAUCGUGGACAACUGAAUUACCGUAGUGAAUAUAUUAUUAUAUCGCAGAACAAUAUCCACCUUGCCUUUAUCUUUGCAUUAUCUAUAAUCACCAAACUACAAAAUAAGUUAUUGACCAAACCUCCAGAAACGGCUUCGAAGUUCAAGCAUUCAAUACCAAUUUUAAUAUUAUACUGUUAAACUGUUCACUGUUGUUCAUCAUGGAGUACAGUUUCAUUUGUUUUGGGACUGGUCUGUGACCAUUGACUAACAGAUAACAGUCAACGACUGAAGAGUGAAGACUGAAGGGACUUUGUGAUGAACAGAACUGCGAAGUGAGAACAUGCUUAAAUCUUGGAAUUAUCUCACUUGAAACCUUAGAUUUAGAAUUAAGAGUACCUACAAUUUAUUAACAUAAAAUGGAGUUGAACAAGACAUACAAUGUAAAUAUAAUUAGCCAAAUUGACAAAGAACGUGGAUUAUUUGUCGCUGUUGAACGAUUUAAUAGUUGUUCAACGGGAUACUUUCAUCACUAUUAUGAACAACUUUCACUUUUUAAUGAUUGUACCGAAUGGUUUCAACAAUUUGACUAUCCUAUUAUUGAAUCUGGGAAGGUUGUAAUUGUUCAAGAUAGCAAAAACCCCAGGGUUUGGAAGCGUGGUAUCAUAUCAAAUUGUCAUAAUUUGGGUCCUGAAGUUUAUUUAAUCGACUCUCAGAGAUUUACUGACAAAGACACCAAAUUUGAAUUGAGAACAUGUCCGCCCAAAUUGUUGCAGCUUAUACUGCCAACUUACACUAUUGAUAUAAAUCUUUGUUUGGAUGAUGAUGAUUUGAAAACUGCAAUUACAAUCUUGAUAAAGAAAAAUCAGUAUGGUGAAUUAAGUUUCAAUUUUACCCCUCAAUCUGUUGAAAAUAAUGUUUACUCAGGCGAAUUAAAAGUAAACGUUAAAGAUAAUAAUUUACCAUUAAAAAAGUUAUUAAAAAAUGUGCGCACAAAAAAAUUUUUUGAAGACAUACCACUAUACAAAAAGCAUCGAUAUUCAAAUUUCAAUCCAAUAGAAAUAAAAUAUGUGAAAAAUAUUUUUCUACCAAGGGUACCGAGUAAAAUGGUAUUUUUAGAUAGUAGUCUAGUUUCAAGUUCCUGUGAUCUAAGUUAUAUUGAUGAUUCAAAUACAAAUUCGUCAUAUAAUUCUGCCAAUGAAUUUUCCUCCACCUCUAACUACUCUGAAAAUAUUUGCUUUAGCAAUGACUCAGAAAUAAAAAAUUCCAAAUCACCAAAUAAUUGUAUUACUCCAAUAGCAAAACAAAAAGUUUACUCUUCUAAUAGUUCUUUGAUGAAUAAGAGCAACUCUUCUUUGCAAUCAGCGAGUUCUGAUAGUAAUAAUUUCACCAUGCCAGAAAUAAAACAGUGUAACGAUUUUGUUGUAACAAAAAUGUCCAAAUUCAAGAAAAACACAGGUUGUCAACAAGAUAACAAGUCAACUUUAACCAUUAAGGUAUUAGAAACACCUAAAAUACAUUUAAAUUCAAUAAGCAAUGUAGAACCUAUGAAUAUUAAAAUGAACGAUUCACUGAUAUGGUGGUCUGAUGAUGAUGAUGAUGAUGACAACAAAAGCUAAUAACUGAUAAUGAUAAUAAUUGAUUAAACUGGCUAAAAUAAAUAAUUUUUUUUACUAACUUUUAGUGUUUUUCAACACAAAUAAUUAUGACAGGUCAAUUUUCAUUUUUGUAACAGUACAAAGUGUACCUAAUAAUUAACAAAUAUUUUUUUUGUUUUUAUGUGUUACAUUUUAUGGUAUUAAUAAAUUAUAAUAUUUAUCAUAAGAAUCAAUUAUAUUAUUGUUACUUCUCUUCUGUUGACUUUUAUACAGGAUGUUUUACCAAACAUGCUAACCCCCAUUUUUAAUUUAAUAAUACAUUUAUUAGAUUUCUUGAGAUUUUUUAUACAAAUUAAGGAGUCUCUCGUGGUAAUACAAACUCCUGAUUUUCACAUGAUAACCCACAAUUUUUUGUAAAUUAUUUAGUUGAUAUUUUUUUUAAACAUGCUGAUGUACCUAAUUUAAUUAAGUAGUUUUUCAGUUAUUAAUAUGAUCAUACUAAGGAUAAAAGUCCUCGGUUUUAAAAAAAUAUAAAAUAAAUGCAAUAUCGAAUCUAGUGUUUAUUUAUACUUUGACAAUGUUUUUAAAUAUUUAUGAAAUUGAUAAAUUGAUGUAAAUUAGUAAUUAUCAUUUUCAAUUCACCAAAGCCCCUAUAUGUUCUAAACCCAUUAUUAUAGACUUAUUAUCCUUAGUAUGUAAAAGCAAAAUUAAAUUACUCAAAAACAAUUUGUUCAAAUUUUUAUUUUAAUACCUCAACAUUUUCAAAAAAAAGUGAUGUGCUAUACAUAUAAUUUACAUGAGUUCUCAUUUGGAAAACAGAAGUUUGCAUCCCCAUAGGGCACACCUUAAGUAGUACAACAGAUCUCAAGAAUUUGAAAAUCUAGUCUUUAAAUAUUUAAGUGGCUAAGUAUGUAUAUAAAUUUAAAAAAUCUGAUUUUGAAUAAAAAAAAAAUGAGGUGAGCAUGCUUGUUGAAUCAACCUAUAAAUAUAUAUAUUUUUUUUUUAUAGAGAAUAAAGGCUUCAACUGUUGGGCCAUUAGCCUAUGGCGGUGGUUACAUUAUUAUUAAUGGAUAAUUAGGUUAUAAAUUAAGAUUACAUAGUUAUGGGAUAAGUUUUUACAGUAUUAUAUACUUACAUUAUAUUUGCUAGUUAUGUAGUUUUAUCUUAAUAUUACAUUUUUGUGUCAAUAUAUUUUUAUUUGUGGGAUUUGUAUUUGUUUGUCAUAUUGUUAUUGGCAGAGCCGGUAGACUACUAAAAAGUCUUAAGUAUAAAAUGUCUACUGAAAAAAGUCAGGAACUUAAGUCUGGAUAUUAUGCAAAGGAUAAAAUAUAUGAUGUGAUGAAAAAUUAACAUUUCAACCUGUAUCAAUAUACAUUUUAAUCAAAUGAUUGAUCUGUCGAAAUCAAUAAAGAACACCACAUGUGGAAAAAUCAGUUACAACUUACAAAUUAUUAAAAACAUUAAAAAAGAAAUUAAGCUACGAUUGCUAACAACAUAUUACAAACCCAGUCAGAUAUUUUUGCAAGUUAUAUGUAAAAUACUACCGAAGUUCAAUUGGCUAUUGUUUUUACUAAAAGAAAGUGUUGUAAGCCGAACAAUUAGAAACCAAAGUACUAACAAUAAUCUUGGGUUAAAUUGCAUGAAUGAUAUUAUUAUAGAGAGUAAAUAUUAAAUUCAGUUUACUAUCAAAAUAUAGUCAGCAUUUUUCUUUUCUUAUUUAAGUAUGUUUCAAUAUUUAUGUUAGAUUCUGAGCGUAGCAAUAAAUAUAUUGAUUUUACAAUGA